AUGCAGGACUUUGAUGCAUUGAUCAAUAGUUUGAAUGAUCGCAAGAUGGAAAUGCUCACUCAAUUGGCUGUGGAGCUAGAGUCACACAAACAGAUGCUAGAGAAGAAUAGGGACAGGGCUCAACAGAUGAUAGAGGACCUUGACAGACGAAUCAAACAGAAACAACAUCAGCCUCAGACAUCACCAAAGGCCAUCGGCCUAUCACCAUCGCUGUCCUCCAGCCAGCUUAUACAGUCAUCGUCAGCCACCCUCUCAUCGGUGCCAUCGAUAAAGAUCAGCAAGUCCACGUCAUCAUUGUGCUUCACUGGAGACAAUGCCGAUAGUCAUGGCAAGUACCUCAAGUUGGAUCACAUGGCCCUGCUCAAAGAGUCAAUAGAUGUCAUUAGUUGGAUAUGGACCGGGGAGUUCCAGGGCGUGGCGCCCAUUGUUGUCAACAACAGCAACAGCCGACCAAGUAGCAAAGCUCCUCGUGUGCCUGUUGAUGAGGAGGUCGAGACCUUCCAAUCGCCAGAUGUCGUUGAGGACAGUGCCACACCAACACAAGACAAGCCACCAAAAUGUACUCUCAACGGAAGUCCGAUGAAGAGCAGUGGAGGCGAAGGAGGCAGCAAAGGUAGCAGCAGCGGCAGCAGUAGUGGAAGUACCUGUAGCGAGAGUACAAGUCUUGGUAGCUCCAGCUGCUUCAUGAGACACUCUGGCGGCAUUGACAAGAAGAAACAACCACUGCCAGUGUUUGGACAACUUAAAUUUACAACAUCACAACAAGCCGAAUAUCAAGAGCUCAAUGCUCAGCUGCCUAGACAAUGGUCGAUAUACUCGAUCGGAGGCAGUCUCCACGAGUUUGACAAGUACGCCGUGGAGAAGUACGACUUCCAGGAGGACCAGUGGCUGCCAAUGUGUCCGUUGCAUCAGAUGGACAAUGACUUCACGUCCACCUACGAUGGCAGGAACUCUAUAUAUAACUUUGGCGGCAGUCUGGCGCCAACCAAGAUCACACGCUACGACAUCAACGAGGACCGUUGGGAGACCAUCGAGACAGAGAUACCGGGCGGCGGUCGCUACCUGCAUGCGUCGGUCUACGACAACAACAACUUCAUCUACCUGCUGAGUGGCUUCCCACGAUCAACAGCACUACUACGUUUCAACCUGGUUACCAAACAGUUCAACAAACUGGCCACCAUGAAGAGUCUGUGGAAGCAGGCGGCCGUCUACGACCAACACUCAAACAAGAUAUACGCAAUUGGUGGCUGCAACAUGUCGGGCGAGUCCGUCUGCUCGGUGGACCGCUACGACGUCGAGACGGACAGCUGGCAAGAGAUGGCGCCACUUCAGACAGGCGCCUACAGUGCUGGCGCGGCGAUUGACUCUGAGAAUGGAUACAUCUAUGUGUUUGGCGGCUUCUCAUCACAACAGAACAAGUGUCUCAACAGGAUAGAGAGAUAUUCAAUCGAGCACAACAAAUGGGACACACUGGAUAUCGUGAUGCCAACGGCAAUGAUCCUGACCAAUGCUUGCUUCUUUGAUGGAUCGCACCAUGUCUAUCUUGUAGGAGGUACGAAUCCGACCACAAAGGAGAGCUUUUCAAACCUGUAUCAAUUCGACAUUGUCACCUUCCGAUGGGACACUCUGCUCAACUUCCAGUACAAACGACUGAAAGGUGCAUCGGUAUUUGUUCGCAAGUGA